UGAAUAUGCUUGUAUGCUCACCUAGACCUAAUUCAUUCACCGGAGCGGUGUUAUUCAGCAAAAUGCUGUUAGAAAUCAGGCAUGCUCCUUAAACGAAAGAAUACAUUUGUUUGCAUGCUAAAAGCCAUACUGUUCUUGCCUUCUUUCCAUUAAACUCUGAAACGUUCUGCUUCACCACUAUAAACACAGAAGAUGUCCAACCCAGAGAUAUAACUCCCCAACACGCCCACAUAGCCUCUGACUACAGGGAAAACAUAGCUACAGAUCCGGAGGCAACUUUCACGACUACGGCAGUCUGUCUCCGGAGAACAGCUUGGCAUAGCCCACAACAUAGGGCUUUAUGCAGCAACACCCAACUGCAGCCGAGGAGGAGAUUGUAACGUCGCUGUUGUUAACAGUGCAGUUCGCUGCCAUCGUCACCGCACUCCCUGUUCGAUUAAUCGUCAGACUUUGCUUCCUCGUACUCAUUUUACUGCGCUGCCACGGCGGGGGAGGUGGCGAGGCGCGUCGACGUAUUACUAUAACGGUGAGAGGGAGCAUAGCGAUAUCGCCUCUCCAGGACUAGCAACGCACCGUCCACCGCUUCCCCAGCUGGAACUACCUGGAUCCCACAGCGCGCUCCGGUCGGAUCGUUUCAUCAGCAACCGGACUGCCUUCAGCGAGUGUUAUUAUAGAGGCACGCUUUUCUCCUCUCCCUUUUCGCGCUUCCAGUCAGAGAUGGAAGAUGGUCCGUCUUCAACAAGCUGUCUCAGAAGGCUUAUGGACUGUUUUCUUGGUUCAAGUCUGACGGACGAGAAGGUGAAGGCCUACCUUUCCCUGAACCCCCAAAUGCUGGACGAGUUUGUGCUGGAGAGCGUGAGCGCAGAGACGGUGGACAGAUGGCUAAAACGGAAGAACAGCAGCCGAUCCGCAGACGAUCCCUCAGCUACAGAAGUCAGCAGGUACCAGGACACUAACAUGCAGGCUGUGGUCUAUGAGCUGAACAGCUACAUGGAGCAGCGUCUGGACACAGGAGGAGACAACAAACUACUGCUCUAUGAGCUGUGCAACAUCAUCAAAACAGCCACGAAGGCUGAUGGUUUUGCACUAUACUUCCUAGGAGAAUGCAACAAUAGCCUGUGUUUGUUCACGCCCACAGGGGCCAAAGAGGGAUUCCCAGGGCUCAUCCCCUCCGGCCCCAUCGCGUUCGGGACCACUAUCGCUGCUCACGUAGCCAAGACACGCAAGACACUGCUGGUGGAAGACAUCAUCGGGGACGAGCGGUUCCCCCAUGGCACAGGGCAGGACUCAGGGAUCCGCGUUCACUCUGUCCUGUGUCUUCCCAUCCUCACGGCCAUCGGUGACCUCAUUGCCGUGCUGGAGCUGCAUCGCCACCUGGGCAGAGAGCCCUUCAACCUCAGCCACCAGGAGGUUGCCACAGCGAAUUUGGCAUGGGCUUCUGUAGCUAUUCACCAAGUGCAGGUCUGCCGAGGUCUCGCGAAGCAAACGGAGCUCAACGACUUCCUCCUCGAUGUGUCAAAAACGUACUUCGACAACAUUGUGGCAAUAGAUUCUCUACUUGAACAUAUUAUGAUAUAUGCAAAAAACCUGGUGAAUGCGGACAGAUGCGCCCUCUUCCAGGUUGAUCACAGUAACAAAGAGCUCUACUCUGACCUGUUCGAUAUCGGCGAGGAGAAUGAAGGCAAACCUGUCUUUAGGAAAACCAAAGAAAUUAGGUUUUCUAUAGAGAAAGGGAUAGCAGGCCAGGUGGCACGAACAGGAGAGGUCCUGAAUAUCCCAGACGCCUAUGCAGACCCGCGUUUCAACAGGGAAGUGGACCUGUACACGGGCUACACGACACGCAACAUCCUCUGCAUGCCCAUCGUCAGCCGGGGCACAGUGAUCGGAGUCGUGCAGAUGGUGAACAAGCUGAACGGAAGUGCCUUCACGAAAACGGACGAGAACAACUUCAAGAUGUUCGCCGUCUUCUGCGCCCUGGCCUUACACUGUGCGAAUAUGUAUCACCGGAUCAGACAUUCAGAGUGCAUCUACAGGGUGACAAUGGAGAAGCUGUCAUACCACAGUAUCUGCACAUCGGAGGAGUGGAAAACCCUCAGCCAGCUCUCUCUCCCUACCCCAAUAUACAAAGAGAUUGAGCUGUUCCACUUUGACAUCAGCCCCUAUGAGGAACUCUGGCCUGCUGUCUUUGUGUACAUGGUUCAUAAUUCAUGUGGAAAAAGCAGUUUUGAGCUGGAGAAACUGUGCCGCUUCACAAUGUCGGUGCGGAAGAAUUACCGGCGGGUUCCAUACCACAACUGGAAGCAUGCAGUGACAGUGGCUCACUGCAUGUACGCCAUUCUGCAGAAAACCUCGGGAAUCUUCACCGAGCUGGAGCGAAAAGGCUUGCUGAUAGCGUGCCUGUGCCACGACCUGGACCACCGGGGCUAUAGCAACAGCUACCUGCAGAAGUUCGACCACCCAUUGGCAGCUCUGUACUCCACCUCCACCAUGGAGCAGCACCACUUCUCCCAGACUGUCUCCAUCCUGCAGCUGGAAGGGCACAAUAUUUUCUCCAACCUGACUUCCAGCGAGUACGAGCAGGUGCUGGAGAUCAUCCGCAAGGCCAUCAUCGCCACUGACCUGGCGCUCUACUUCGGCAACCGCAAGCAGCUGGCCGACCUGCUGAGCACGGGCGCGCUGGACCUCAACAACCACGGUCACAGGGACCGCGUGAUUGGUCUGAUGAUGACUGCGUGCGAUCUAUGCUCUGUUACGAAACUUUGGCCCGUCACUCGCCUCACUGCUAAUGACAUCUACGCGGAGUUCUGGGCCGAGGGCGAUGAGAUGAAGAAGAUAGGAAUGCAGCCCAUUCCGAUGAUGGACAGAGAUAAAAGGGACGAAGUUCCUCAGGGGCAGGUGGGCUUUUACAAUGCUGUGGCCAUCCCCUGUUACACCACACUGGUAGAGCUGUUCCCCCCCUCUGCUCCUCUUCUUCGAGCCUGCAGGGAGAACCUGGGCCAGUGGGAGAGAAUAGCGCGAGGGGAAGAGGCGUUGGAGUGGGUCCCCUCUGCCGAGGCCCAUCCAAGCCAGGCCGACGCAAGAGAGCCCUCAGAGAGCAGCCAGUCAAAGUGGACAACUGACCCAGUGCAAGGCAUCGGAUGCCAAACACAGGCUCAGCCGCACCCUGCCAGAGACACCAAACUUCUUCAGAACAGUCCCACUUCCUGCGGGGACGGGAGGAAGCAGAGAAGCCAGGCAGGACAGGUGAUAUUCGCCAAGCAACUGAAGGAAAGAUUUGAAAAAAAAAGACUAAAAAUUAAACAUAGAGUUACCUCAACGGGUGACGGAGGUGUAGACUGACCCUGACAACUCCGACAGUCAUCAGCCUGGACUCGGGAUCCGAUCACCUUAAGUUCACUCCAUGGGGAAGCACUUUUGGUCAGAGAGAACCUCUUUAGCUUCAAGAGUUUUCCUUAUAUUGCUUUUUGCUUGUCUUGUCUUUGUUUGUUUGGUUUUUUUUGUUUUGUUUUGUUUUUGGGAUUAACUCCCUUUCUUUGUUGUUUUCAAGCAGUUUCUUUUGUGGUAUUAUAUUUGAAGAGGCCUUAAAAUCUGAACCUGUAGUUGCAGUCAAAGCUCAAAGAUUUGUAACUGUGAGAUGGUUCAUGUAAUCUGAAAUGGUACUUUUAUUCCUGCUGUGGUCAGAAGAAUCAUACGCAUACCUGCUUGGGAGUUGCUGUUUUAAAACAAGAUAGAAGGAGGGUUUAAAGGCGCAUGGAGUGAAGCUGACAGCACUACACUGUCGGUCUGUUGGAUACGUUCUGUUGAUUUGUGCAAAAUUGCUUUUCAGUACUUGAAUGAAGUAAUACAGCCUACUCUAUGUGGGGAGAACAGAAAACACACACACACCCUGCAGCGUUACUGCCCAAAGCAAAGAACUGUUGUGACAGAACAAGUCAGAGAAUUCUGAACCUUACCAGAGUCACACAAGAGUCACGAUGUUCCUCGCCAAAAUCUAUGACCGUUCCAGCUGAUGUAUAAAUCAGCCCUUCAUGCUCUAGUCCUAAGCUUGACCUUGCACAGUCCACUCAUUACCAGGGGAACCAGUAAUACACCUUCUGCACUCCACAUCGCCGCACAGUGGUGUCAGACACAUAAAAUAACCUAUAACAAUCUACAACAAUCCUGAAUAGCAGUAAUUACUGAUGUUAGUUCAGCAGUUUGAUCAUGAUUAAUGAUAAUAUUGUUUCCUAAUUGCCCAUUUUCCAUUGACAACACUCUAAAAUAGCAUUACUUUUAAUGUGAUUUAACAUUUUACCCAAACUAUAAAGGCUAUCUAAAGGUACACCUUGAACUAUCUUGCUCAAUUGUUCUUUCUCACCAGUGUUUUAUUUUAGAUGCCCCACAAAUCAAGGUCCAGCUUACUAAUCACGCAUCAUUUUUAAUAGAUGUGUUCAUGAAAUGUUUCAGGAAAAGCUGCUGAAAAUAGAAUUAUAACAGACAAAAAGACCAGGAUGAAAGACUUAAAAACAAGUAAAAGUUCACAGAAUUCCCAGUUUGAAAACAUUUUUGUCUUACAUCAAAGAAGCAAUAAGUAAAACAAACAUUGUUCCUUAAAACCUUGUGAAAUGUUAAUAGAAGAAGAUGGAAUUGUAGUAGCCAUGGACAUUGACUAGUGACAUAUAACAGUCCUGCAUCAACUCGGCGCAUCCUGCUUUUCGUUUGUGGCCAAGUUUCAGUGUAGAUGUAAAUGCUCUCCAGAUUCUGUCUGAUAAGGUUAGAACACUCAAAACUCUUAUCCACAAAGUGGACUCAAGCUAAAAAUGUGACAGCAUUUCCUUGAUGUUUGUAAUCAAACUGUUACACUGACACAGAACACAGCGCAUUGUCUGUUGCUUCCUGACAUUAUAAAUACUUCCCUCUUCAUUUCAUAAAAUGAUAUGCCACACCUAGAUACUUAAAGAGAUCAAGUGAUAUGGGUGUAUUUAGUUCGUAUUAGUAGAAAAAUACAUGAAGAUAAAUCAGAAUGAUUACUUCCGUGUAAAUUCAGCUCGCGUUAGAUUUCAGCCUCUAGGAGGUGCAUAUCCCAGAGGCAUGGUCAGAGUCUUGUUAUUCCUAGAAAAACAAGACCCAUGUGCAAAUGUGACCAAUGUGAUCCAAUAAGGAAGCCUGUUGGGUUCUUGAGGACAAAACUGUCAGACACGGUCUUUGAGCGUGACCUUAAGGACAGCGUCCAGUGGAAUGCAUCAGCAUUUGUCUUUUUUUUUCUGAUUUGUCUUUUAUUUCUUGUUUUGUUUGGUGGUUUUAUUUUUGUCACAUGUGCAAUUAUUUAGGAAAAGGUUUUGAAGACGUAAGCUAUGGUGCUAUCUUAGGCAGUCAUGCACUUUCUGAUCCUGCGUGUGUGCAUGUGUGCAUGUGCAUUUGCAUACGCGUGUGCGCUAGCUUUGGGCCGAUUCCUUACCCCCCAAUCCCCCCAACCCCACCCCUAAAAACAAAGACUCAAAAGAGAUGAGGAACUACACAUCACACACCUCAGUCAUAGAUCAUCCACCAAGUUAUUCUCCCCUCAUAUGCACUAUGUUUAGAGACUAUUAUUAUUAUAAUUAUUAUUAUGGUUGUAAUAUUAUUGCUGUUAAUAUGUUUCUGUUAUAUUACUAUUAUUACUGCAAUUAUCAAUGAUUAGUACCAUUGUUAUUUUCUUAAUUAGAAUUCAAUUUUAAAUUAACUUAUAUUUUUUAUACAAAAAGUUAGCAUUUGCGUUUUGUACAGAGUAAAUUGUGCAUCAUGAAGAAGCAAACGGUCCUCUAGACCCAUUGCAUAUUGUUGCCCAAGAUAUAUGAGGAAUGUGUUGAUUGUAAAUAUAAGAGCAGUAAUUUUAUUAAAUAUUU